AUGACGACCGAAAUGGGGUUUGCCCCCACAGUGUUCGCUCUUUCGUUGGAGGGGACUCAUUCGUGGGGAUGGGCCGUUGGUGCAGGGGUAGUGGUGAUAUUCGUGCUCUAUCUUACACAGCGGAUUGCUUAUGGCAGACCCGCCUACGCUCAUGGGUGUCAAGCACCCACACGGUAUGCCCACCGGGACCCUUUCCUGGGGUUGGACUCUUUGCGAGACUCCAUGCAGGCGAGGAGAUCCGACAGAUAUUUUCGAAGAGAGCAACAACUACACCAAGUAUAUGGCAACACAUUCAUGUCGCUGCUGUUGGGCAGCUGGAUGGUGAAUACAAUUGAGCCAAAGAACCUGGAAGUUCUCUUUUCUACUAAAUUUACCGAUUACGAGGUUGGAUUCCGACGUCGGAAUGCCUUUGCCCCCUUAUUUGGCAAAAGCAUCUUUCAGAGCGAUGGAGCGCGUUGGCAAACAUUACGAUCACAGCUACAACUAUGCUUCUCGCGGGUACAAACAUCACAGUUGGAUCUCCUGGAGCGUCACUGUCAGCGUCUCCUGACAGCCCUUCCGCCCGAUAACCAGAACUUCGAUUUGGCCCUCUUUCUCCAUCGAUUUGCUGCCGAUGUUUCAACAGACUUCCUUUUUGGAGAGUCAAUCAAUUCCCUCGAGAACCCUCAGAACUUGAACAGCGGAGCCUUGAAGGCGUUUGCCGACACCCAUAGCACCUGCGAGCUUCGAUGGCUGCUGGGAUCCAUGUCAUGGAUUUGGCCUCAGCGGACAUUCAUGAAAAAUGUUCGCUUAACCCACCGCUUCAUCCAACGAUACGUCGAUGCGGCGUUGCAACGGGAAGUCGCGCCACCAGCAAAAACUUCAGAACAGCCAAACGAGCAGCGGAUUCUGUUCAUCGACCAACUUCGUCAACGAACGCAAGACCCCACUGCACUUCGGGAUGAGUUGACGACAUUAUAUUUUGCAGGAACAGAUGCCCCUGCCGCUUUGCUUAUCAACCUAUUCUUUGUGUUCUCUAAAAGGCCGGAUGUGUGGGAUCGUGUACGCACUGAGAUCCAGUCUCUGAGAGGGAAGCUGCCCGACGUCCAACAGCUCAAGGGCCUCCGAUACGUGCAGGACUGCAUCCGUGAAUGUCUUCGCCUUUAUCCCCCUCAACCCUCCAACUCCCGUGUGGCCGUACGCGACACCAUUCUUCCCGUUGGCGGUGGUCCAGAUGGAAGCUCGCCCGUGUUAGUGCCGAAAGGUAUGAUGGUUCACCUUUCAGUCUAUGCGCUUCACCAUCGAAAGGACCUUUGGGGCGAGGACGCGGAUGAGUUCCGCCCGGAACGGUGGUCCUAUGAAAAGCAAACCUGGAAAUAUAUCCCGUUCCUCGGAGGUCCCCGAAAUUGCGUAGGCAUGGAUUUUGGUCUAAACGAAGUGGCGUACGCUGUCGUACGAAUGGCGCAAAACUUCAAGACCAUCACCAGUGUCGAUCCAGACGAAUGGGUGGAAGGGUCCAGCAUCGCGCUGGAGUCGAAAAACGGGGUUCAAGUGGCCCUGUGCAGGGAUUGCAACCGAGGAGGGACGUCGCAAUGGCGUCUGCUGAAUGAACUGCUUCGCGGUGCCGCCGAGGAUUUGGUCCUCAAUGGCAGCGGACUAGAUAUUCCUCAUGUGGUUUACAUUGCUAGAUAUGCUGGCAAUGUGAGCAUAGACCCUACUUCCUACGAAUCCAUUAAUCAGAGCCAUGCUGCCAUUGCCAAGAGCCUUUCCCAAGGGGACGUCAUCUACGGAGUGAACACUGGAUUCGGAGGCUCAGCAGAUAUACGCGCAAACGACGUCCUCGCACUGCAGCGCGUUCUAACCCGCGAACUAAGCUAUGGUGUAUUACCGCCCGGGGCGCGUGAUCCUCGCCCUUCAUCUGAUCGCCAGAAGUCCGCAUAUCAGGCGUUCGAUCUGAGUCUGGAACAUGCAGCCGAGUCUCACCACCUGCCGCUUCCUUGGGUGCGCGCUGCAGUCUUACUGCGCCUGAACUCGCUGGUCAAAGGCCACUCGGGCGUCCGGCCCGUUAUCGUAGAUCGCUUACGGGACCUUCUUUUGAAGAAUAUCAUCCCCAUGGUGCCGAUGCGGGGGAGUAUCUCAGCCUCGGGAGAUUUGAGUCCUAUUGCGUAUAUUAGCGGCGUGCUUCAGGGCAAGCCAACAAUUCGAGUUUUCCGUCCAGGCGUUGGACGCGAUGUAUAUGCGGACGAGGCUCUUGCGCAGGCCGGUGUGGAACCGAUAUCCCUGACAGCCAAAGAGGGUCUCGCGAUCGUCAAUGGAACGGCCAUGUCGGCGGCGUGCGCCACGCUCGUGCUACACGAUACACACCAGCUGGCCAUGUUGGGACAGAUCCUGACGGCAAUGACGGUGGAAGCACUGCUAGGCUCGCCAGAGAGCUUCGACCCUUUCUUCGCGGACGUGCGCCCGCACCCAGGACAGAUCGAGAGCUCGCGGAACAUCCGGGUGUUCCUGCGCGGGUCUCGACUCGCACUGCCAAAGGACGGCAAGGAUGGUUCGCUCCGCCAGGAUCGGUAUUCAAUCCGCACCGCGGCGCAAUGGAUGGGCCCCGUGCUCGAAGACCUGCUACUCGCACACCAGCAAAUCAGCAUCGAGUGCAACUCGGCCACCGAUAACCCGCUGGUCAACGGCGACGGAAAGUUCCUACAUGGCGGCAACUUCCAGGCCAAGGCCGUCACUGCGUCCAUGGAGAAGAGUCGUCAGGCCGUACAAGCCAUCGGCCGCAUGCUCUUCACCCAGUGUCAGGAGAUGAUCAAUCCCGCCACCAGCUGGGGUCUGCCGCCGAACCUGGUAGCAGACGAACCCAGUCAAUCCGGUAUCUUCAAGGCCAUCGACAUUUACAUCUCGGCCUUGACCUCUGAGCUCGGGUUCCUGGCGGGCCCCGUGAACCAUGUGUACAAUGCUGAGCUAGGCAACCAGUCGUUGAACUCGCUGGCUCUGAUCUCCGGCCGAUACACUGCGACGGCCGUGAGGGUUCUUACGGAGCUUGUCGCGGCGCAUCUACUCUCUGCUUGUCAGGCGCUGGAUCUCCGUGCUAUGCAGCUGCAGUUCUUAGACGGAGUCAAGACUGAGUUCUUCGCCCGCACUGUCUCAAUGGCGGAAAAGCAGGGUCUGACCACCACGGAUGCUAGCAAGACCCUCCCCAGCACGCUAUGGGCCCAUCUCCAGAAAGGACUAGAACAGACCGUCUCAAUGGACAGUGCAGAUCGGUUCCCUCACAUUGCCAAAACUAUGCGCGUGCCUAUUCUGGACUGUGUGCCGUCUCAAACUGCCAACCUUGAAGAUAUGCAGUCAUUCAUCGACCAGCUCGGCCCCUGGCUCCACGAAGCAUGGUGCACCAACCGGGACGCCUACCUGGUGCAUGGUGAUGCCAGCCCCAUGUUGGGAGACGGCUCGAAGAAAAUGUAUCGCUUCGUGCGGACGACUCUUGGGGUGCCGAUGUUGUGUACGCGGAGGAUCUUGACGCCCACUACGGAGGCGAUGGCUACCGGGCAGGUGGAGGAGGCGCCCACGGUGGGCGGAUAUACAAGUCUCGUUUAUCGGGCAAUUCAACGAGGUGAAUUUUUACCCGUGAUUCAAGAGCUGCUGGAGGAGUGUUUGACGAAGGAAGAGCUGGAGCAGUAG